AUGGAGAGAGUAAUUGGCGUCUUCUUGAAAUUGAUAAAGUCCAAAUCAAAGGGUGGCCAAAACGCCAGUUUUCUUGUCGAGCAAUUUGCAAUUCACAAUUAUACUAGCAUGGCAAUCAGCAUCUGUGAUGAAGUCAACCUCAUUCGGCCAAAGCCAUAUGGAAGAGAGAGCUACAUGGACCAUCCUAAUGAUCCUAGUGGUGUGCAGUUGUGGAAGCCAUUUCAUCAGUUUGUUAAUUUGAAUAAUGAUUCAGUGGAAGGUGUAGGCGGCCCUAGUGUGAAGGAAGCUUUAUUGAAAUAUUACCAGAGAACAACAGGCUUGAAUGGCCAUGAGUUUGGUGACUCUGUUGUUAUUAAAAACGAGACCAGCCGUGGCAACCAUUAUGUGAUGUUUACUUGCCCCUAUAGAAACAACCGUAAUGUAAAUGUUCACAGCUGGCUCAUUAGUACAGUACAGUUCUACUUUCAGCAUGUAGAUUUCCAUGGCUUCCCACACUUUCUUGCUUUCGUGGAAGUCAUGAAGGAACAUGACGCGGCUGGCCAUGACUCAUCAGUACCUAUUGUCAAACAACAGUCACAAAGUACCCAUACACUAGGCCACCAAAUGCAACCGACUUAUGCAGUUAUAAGUGUAAAUGACAUUUGUUAUCAAGUUGGUCUCGUCCAAUACCCACUGAAUGGAAACAAGUUUUAUGUAAUCACACCCUAUUAUAUCUUUAACAACAAUAUGUGCAUUACUAAAGGCAAUCUUUCCAUUCUGUAA